AUGCCGACCGGGCUGGAUCUCUCAUCCCCUUCAAAUCAGUCUGGCGUGCCCAGGAGCGAGUUUGGGUCUGAGAUCAACUCCGCACCGGGGCCGUUAUGGACUUCUCAUUUUGACGAUUCUACUACAAUGGCGGCUUCAGCAGGAACACGUGCAGUUCCUGCGAUGAACGCCUCUUCAUCUCCUGCUCCUCUUCCCGACAAUAUUUCUGUCGGCCAGCGUAUGGUGUCAGCGACGGCGGGGAACGUCUUAACUGGUCUACUAGUCACUCCUUUAGAUGUGGUUCGAGUCCGGCUACAAUCCCAAUCUGUAGUCUCCAACGCCACUCCGUACACGACACAUACUACAGCGGCGUUUAAGAACGCCCCUCCGAAUCUCGGAAUUACGGCCUGUUGUCGGGAAGUCUUUUGGGUCGGAGAUAAUGCGCAAAUGUGUAUGCUUGGCCCACAAGGCGCUAUCGGAACACAGGCACACCCGGCUAUCGACUGCGCGGUGGAAGAGACUCAGCGGCGGACCUUUACCUCGACUCUGGACGGACUUCGGAAAAUCGCUCGGAAUGAAGGCGUAUGGACAUUAUGGCGCGGGUUGAGCCCGACACUCAUGAUGGGUGUCCCCGCCAACAUAAUCUAUUUCGCGGGGUAUGACUGGUUGCGCGCUGAUGACCGCAGUCCGAUCAAACAGAACAUCGCCGAUGUCUACGCGCCAUUCGUAGCGGGCGCCAUUGCUCGAACCGCGGCCGCCUCAGCGACUAGCCCGGUAGAAAUGUUCCGGACUCGUCUCCAGGCGACUCCUGGCCAUGGUGCGGGUCAUUUCAAGGCCACCUUGGAGGGAUUGUAUCAAAUGACCCAAGUGCGAGGGUAUACUUCUUUGUGGCGAGGGCUGUCGCUCACAAUGUGGCGCGAUGUGCCCUUCUCUGGUCUGUACUGGUGGGGGUAUGAAAAGGUGAAGGAGGCCCUCGAGACUUCGCGCCAGCAUACGCCGCAUCUCCACGGCUCGGAAGCGGAACCACCUUCCAGCACAACAGCCUUCCUUGAAAGCUUCAUUGCCGGUGCAACCUCCGGAUCCGUGGCGGCAUUAGUCACCACUCCCUUCGACGUGGGCAAGACACGACAGCAAGUAUUCCGACAUAUGGACGACCAUGUUCCUCCUAAAGCCGGCUCCCGUCCUACCCUUCCCCCUAAAACCAUUAUCCCUGAACAGCUCUCCCUACCACGUUUUCUCCUUCAUAUCCUCCGCGAAGAGGGUAUGGCUGGCCUCUUUAGUGGCUGGGGAGCCCGCUGCCUGAAAGUGGCUCCGGCCUGCGCUAUCAUGAUCUCGACCUAUGAGCUCGGCAAGCGUAUGGCCCGCGAGGUCAACGAACGGCGGCAUCCGGAGAGCUCCUAA